CCCGGAUGAUAGCGCGGAGGAGGUGGAACGAUUGUAGCUAGUUUACAGCUGCGCACUCAGACGGGAGCAGCGCCAUUUCACAUUUCCAGAGGGAGGACUGCGGUAAGACGAAGAGAAAGUGCGGGAACGGCGUUAGUAUAAACAGUUUCACGCACACACUCGUGGAGUAACAGUUUUUUAGAGAAUUGAUGCCGGUUGAAAUGGGAGACCCUGCCAUGCACAGAGACUGCCCUCUGGACUGCAAGGUGUACGUGGGUAAUUUGGGGAACAAUGGCAACAAGACGGAGCUGGAGCGGUCCUUCGGGUACUACGGCCCCCUGCGCAGCGUGUGGGUGGCCCGGAACCCCCCCGGCUUCGCCUUUGUGGAGUUCGAAGACCCCCGCGACGCCACGGACGCCGUGAGGGAGCUGGACGGGAGAACUCUGUGUGGAUGCCGUGUGAGGGUGGAGCUGUCGAACGGCGAGAAACGAUCUCGGAACCGGGGACCACCACCCUCCUGGAGCCGCCGCCCACGAGACGAUUACCGCCGUCGAAGCCCCGCCGCUCGCCGCAGAUCACCGCGUAGGAGGAGCUUCAGUCGCAGUCGCAGCAGGUCCCUCUCCAGAGACCGGAGGAGGGAGCGGUCUCUGUCUCGGGACAGGAACCACAAGCCCUCGCGCUCCUUCUCCAGGUCCAGAAGUCGUUCCAGGUCUAACGACAGAAAAUGAGAAGUUGUCAAAGUGCAAGAAAGGUGUCUAAGUCCAAAAAAAAAAAAAAAAAAAACUGAUUUGUCAUCCUUUGAUCUCUUGAAUCCAGUCAUGUUUUGGAGUGCAUUUUUUUUAUUUUUUCCCCCUUUUUUUAAGAAUGUGCAUUUUAGUGGUUUAGUUAAGUGUGUCUGGUCAAAUUCAAAGCCACCCUGGGUUUCCUACAUUUUAAAUCUGCAGUUCCAUUUCCAAAGAAGAUUCUAGAACCCUUUAAAACUUUCUCGGCCUGCGCUCCGUUCCCGCUCGCGCGGCAGUCCUGUGCCAGCGUAGGGGCGGCGAGGGCAGGCGGCGUGGGGUUCCGCCAAAACACUCGCUGGAUGCGCAGGGUGCUUCAGGAAUGGAUACUGUGUACUGUAACUGAGUCAAGGAAACCUCCUUGUGGUGGAAUAAAGCACUCUGUAUACUUUGUAUCAGUCCAGUCCUGUAUUUCUGACAUUUGUAACUGUUUGUAUUGUUACAAUUAAAACUUUG